CGUUCGUGCCGAGCGCGGUGGAUGCUCCCGUCCCGCAUCCCAGGGAUCAGCCCCCUAUUGUAGAACCGUCGUCCCUCCUUAUCUGAUAACACGGAGCUGGGGUUGUUUUCUUCUUGGAGAUUCUGCUGCCCGACCCUGGUGAUAUAAGAAGAUUACGGCCUGCUCUCAGGGGAGGUCUGUGCUGUCUGAGCCUGCCCGGGGGGAGCUCUGCUCUCAGACAGUGCUGCUAAACGCAAUGGCAACAAGCCUGUCCAAAGCACAGGUGUCCCUGCAUGGCCGCUGUUCCUUGUACAGCUUCCCGUUGGUGCUCAAGCCUGAAGUGAGCAAGCAUAGAAGAGAAAUACUAAGGGGAAAGAAGGCAGGAAGGAAAGCUUUGCAUGCCUUUUGUUCCAGAGCCUCCAUAGGAGAUGGUAGAGGAGAAGGGGCCCUGGAUUCCAUCAGUCCCUGGUACUGAGGGCUGACAUCCUUGCUAGACUGCUGUGGAGGCCACGUGCUUCCCUUUCUGCUUUUCAUACCAGCACUUGGCUGACUCACUUGGCAGCUAACCCAGGUACACCUCAGUAUUGCUGUCGGCAGGAGUUGUGCUGCUCCCAGGCAUGUGGGUUGGUAGUGACUGAGAUGUGAUGGCUGCAAUCUGACCCAUGGGAGAUGAAAUGUCUCAGGCCAGUUUCAGCCAGUUGGGGGCAGUGAAUCUCUACGUUCGUACUGGAAGAUGUAUCUGCCCAAAGUGUUGUUGCUCAUCUAUGUUGUGGAUUCAGCUGAUCAUGCCCGACUACCUGUGGCAAAAGAGCUACUUCAUCAACUGAUCCAGAACAACUCCACCCUGCCAGUGGUGGUUCUAGCCAACAAGCAGGACCUUGAAGGUGCAUAUUGCAUCACAGAUAUCUACGAUGCUCUGGCACUGUCUGAUAUCGGAGACAAGAGGAAGAUGUUCUUGCUUGGUACCCACGUGGCAGAGGAUGGCUCAGAGAUCUCCUCCAGCAUGAAGGAUGCCAAGGAGCUGAUAGCACAGCUGGUUUUGGAAGUGCAGUGACAGCUCUUUUCCUACAACACAGUAUUUGCAGCUGUGGAAGAUGGGGUGCUCAUCUACAGUCAGUUUGCCACAUGGUAACAGAAAUGUAAAGAUAGCUUUUCUUUCUGUCUGUGUAGUUCCUCUGAAAAUCAUGUCUAGUUGGUAGGAGAAUCUGUUUUUAUAGCGUUUUGAAAAUAACUCUGGAAAAUAAUAUAUUUGUAGCAUAUUUAUAGGGGGAAAUGAAACUCUCAGGCAGCAGAUUUAAGGGUAUUUAUAGCUUAGGCUAAGAUGGCAUCUUGCUAGGUUGGAGUCAGCUAUUGAUUUUAAUGAAACAAAGUUGUAUCCUGUGAAUAAACUGUCCUGAUGUCUCAGGUUUAAAUGAUUAUAGGUAACAGGUUUUAGAGAACACUGUUAGCAGUACUGUGCUGUUAAAAAUGAGAUCCUACUUCCCAAGAGCCUCAGGAGUUUCCUUUUAAGAGAGUGGCUACUUGGUAAUUCCUGGAAAUUGGGCAGGUUGCAACUACUUUAUCAGAUAAGAACAAGAACACAAGGGCAGUAAGACAUUAAGUAUUUCUGUUCUAGUUUUUCCCUGUAAGCAAAGUAUAAUUUCAAGUAGUGACUGAAAGAAGUUUAGGUGGUAUCAGAGUGGAGGAUUCCAUCAGUCUAAGUGUCUUAUUUUGGUUUGGUCCAGAUUGUGCAGCAGCAAGCAGUCUUAUGGGUGAGAAAUUUAACAUUUUUUUUUAAAGUGAUUUCUGUUAGCAUAGCAGAUGAGAAAGAUGAAUUGCAGAGGUGCAUUACUUUCCCAGUAUUGAUAUCCCUGUAACUAUGCUCUGGUCAUAUGCCUGAGUCUAAAGAGCGUGGCAAAAAACACUUUUUGUAAUUAAAUUUAUUAUACAACG